CCCCGACGAAUCAGCGGGGCGCUGUCAGGGCGUCAGCGCUGGCGGCUCCGCGCGGCCGGCCCUGGGAGCGUCUCUUAUCGCAGACGGGCACCGAGGAUCGCAUCAUUAUCAUGGGCACUGUUUGCUUUUCGCGGCGCUGCUGUUUGCUUUUCGCCCUCGCCUGGGCUGGCAGGUUGGCGGGAGGCAGUGGGGGCGCAGAUGUUGACGAGUGCGCAGAAGCCACGGAUGACUGUCACAUCGAUGCAAUUUGCCAAAACACACCAAAAUCCUACAAAUGCAUCUGCAAGCCAGGCUAUAAAGGCGAAGGCAAACAAUGUGAAGAUAUUGACGAGUGUGAGAAUGACUUCUACAAUGGGGGUUGUGUCCAUGAGUGCAUCAACAUUCCAGGCAACUACAGGUGUACGUGCUACGAUGGGUUCAUGUUAGCCCACGAUGGCCACAACUGUCUUGAUGUUGAUGAGUGUCAGGAUAACAAUGGAGGGUGCCAGCAGAUUUGUGUAAAUACUAUGGGCAGCUAUGAAUGUCAAUGCAAGGAGGGCUUUUUUCUGAGUGAUAACCAGCAUACCUGCAUUCAUCGCUCCAUUGAGGGUAUGAACUGUAUGAACAAAGAUCAUGGGUGUGCACACAUCUGCCGGGAGACGCCCAAAGGUGGGGUUGCCUGUGAAUGUAGACCUGGCUUUGAACUUGCCAAAAACCAGAAGGACUGCAAAUUAACCUGUAACUAUGGGAAUGGAGGCUGCCAACACACCUGUGAUGACACAGAUACUGGUCCUGUGUGUGGUUGUCAUCAGAAGUAUGCCCUACAUUCAGAUGGCCGAACCUGCAUUGAGAAGGAUGAGGCUGCAAUUGAGAGUUCUGAGUACAAUGCCACGUCAGUAGCUGAUGUGGACAAGCGGGUGAAACGGCGGCUACUUAUGGAAACAUGUGCUGUCAAUAACGGAGGUUGUGAUCGGACUUGCAAGGAUACCGCGACAGGAGUACGAUGCAGUUGCCCAGUUGGAUUUACCCUGCAGCCUGAUGGGAAAACGUGCAAAGACAUUGAUGAGUGCUUGGUAAACAAUGGUGGCUGUGACCAUUUCUGCAGAAACACGGUUGGCAGCUUUGAGUGCAGCUGCCAGAAGGGCUAUAAACUACUCACAGAUGAACGGACCUGCCAAGAUAUAGAUGAGUGUUCCUUCGAAAGGACCUGUGAUCACACCUGCAUCAACUACCCUGGAAGCUUUGAAUGUCUCUGCCAUAAAGGCUACACCUUAUACGGACUGACACACUGUGGAGAUAUUGAUGAAUGCAGCAUCAGCAAUGGUAGCUGUGACUAUGGCUGUCUUAAUACAAUGGGGAGCUAUGAGUGUGUCUGUCCACCUGGAAAGAAACUACACUGGAACAAAAAGGACUGCAUUGAGGUGGUGAAAUGUCUCCCUAAUGCCAAACCAGCUCCCAAGGCUCAACUAGUAUGUAGUAAGACAGGAAGUAUAGAGAGCUGCUUCCUGUCAUGCCCAUCCAAUACUCUUUUUGUUCCAGAUUCAGAGAACAGUUAUACGCUGAGUUGUGGCAUUCCCAUCCAACAAGGCAAGGCUCAGCAGAAACGUAAUGCGACCCUGCCUAGCUGCGCAGAUUCAUUAGCUCCUCCAAUCAAGCAGAAAGCUCGUUUUAAAAUCAAAGAUGCAAAGUGCCAUUUACGACCUCGCAGCAAAGAAAAAACGAAAGAUUCUGGGAAGCAAGCUGGUUUAGGAGGUCAAUUCCCUUGUACAGACAACUGCCAGCUGACCUUUGUGAAUCUCAAGUGUGAUUCCUCCAAAAAGAAACGCCGAGGCCGCAAGUCCCCAUCAAAAGAAGUGUCCCAUAUCACUGCAGAGUUUGAAGUGGAGAUGAAGUCAGAAGAAGUCUCAGACACCUGUAACAUUGACUGUGUUCGGAAAAGGAUGGAACAGAAGCUGCAAACUGCAAUCAAAACAUUGAGGAAAUCUAUUAAUAAACAGCAAUUUUACAUUCAGUUUUCUGGGGCAGAAUAUGAAGUGGCUCAGAAGCCAGCUAAAGCUACUGAAGGGCAUGAAGCUUGCAGUACAGGGCAAGUGCUGCAGGAUGGAAAAUGCGUUACCUGCAGCACGGGCACCUUUUAUAGCGGAGAACGUAAUCAGUGCGUUCCUUGCUCACCAGGAACAUACCAAGAUACAGAAGGUCAACUUACCUGUGAGCCUUGCCCAAGUAACGAUGGACAGGGAGUAGCAGGCGCCCGGAAUGUGUCAGAAUGUGGAGGGCAGUGUUCUCCUGGGCACUAUUCUCCAGAUGGUUUUAAACCUUGUCGAGUCUGUCCUCUUGGUACAUACCAGCCUGAACCAGGAAGGACGCUCUGCUUUCCAUGUGGCGGUGGGCUUGUGACCAAGUAUGAAGGUGCUGUUUCCUUUCAAGACUGUGAAACCAAAGUUCAUUGUUCUCCUGGACACUACUACAACUCCACAACACACAGAUGUAUCCGAUGCCCUGUGGGAACAUACCAGCCUGAGUUUGGUCAAAACUACUGCGUCACCUGCCCUGGGAACACAAGUACAGAUUUUGAUGGCUCCACUAACGUGACACACUGCAAAAACCAGCACUGUGGAGGAGAACUUGGGGAUUAUACAGGCUACAUUGAAUCACCCAACUAUCCUGGAGACUACCCAGCUAACAUCGAAUGCAUUUGGAAUAUAAAUCCACCCCCAAAGAGGAGGAUACUCAUUGUAGUACCUGAGAUAUUUCUCCCAAUUGAAGAUGAAUGUGGUGAUGUUUUAGUAAUGAGAAAAAGUGCUUCUCCAACUUCAAUUACUACAUAUGAAACAUGUCAGACUUAUGAGAGACCUAUUGCAUUUACCUCAAGAUCAAGGAAGCUCUGGAUUCAGUUCAAGUCAAAUGAAGGAAACAGUGGCAAAGGAUUUCAGGUCCCCUAUGUGACUUAUGAUGAGGAUUACCAACAGCUAAUAGAAGAUAUUGUUCGAGAUGGACGGUUAUAUGCAUCGGAAAAUCAUCAAGAAAUUCUAAAGGACAAGAAACUGAUUAAAGCCCUCUUUGAUGUACUGGCACACCCACAAAACUAUUUCAAGUACACAGCACAAGAGUCAAAAGAGAUGUUUCCAAGAUCAUUUAUAAAGCUACUGCGAUCAAAAGUUUCCAGAUUUCUACGACCGUACAAAUAGUCUAGCAGUAUUCAAUUUUGGGUUACUUUGCAUUCCUGUCAAAUAUUGUCUUUCCUCCAUAGUAGAAGCAUUUGCUAAUUUGAAGGCUCUUUUUAUGCAGUCCUGAUGUUCAAUUUGUAUAUUGAAGAAUACUUAUAACGUUUUAUAAUCGUUAAAAGCCAAUGAUCUGAUUGGGAGUUUUUACUAGCAAAAAGCCCUGUGCAUCCCUGAAUGCAUCUAGUUGAAGAUACAACUUUGUGUCUGCACUAGUGUAUGUUCACUUUCCAUUUGAAAUCACAUUAUGUAGAAAUUAUUCUUUCUAGCUUCUUAUUUUUCAUGAAAAAUAACUUUUGUCAAAGCAAAGAAGGCAUCUAUUCAAAUCUGAUUAAACUACCUGCAGAUAAGUUCUGUUGCAGAAAGAAGUAUAUGGUAUAAAUAAUAUUUGGAAUUUGAAUUGCACUUGAAUUUUAUAUUUGAAUCUUUAGAAGAAAACAAAGCAAUCUAGCUUUUGUUCUCAUUUGUGGCUUAGUGGAACCUCUUGAAUUUGGAAGAAUUCAAAGGGGAAAAAAGGAAUUUAAAAAAAAUAUAUAUAAUUUUGUUUUAUUAAUUCGUUGAGAUUGAGUCCCAUGCCCUGAUAUCCUAAUGUUUUUGUCUGUUCUCUUCUAAACUUCUUCUGAGGUUUGCCACUGUCAGUUGCUUCAUAGAAACAGAUUUAGCUCUGAUUUUCCAAACACUAGUUGGUCCCUUUGAAGGCAUUUACAAUAGAGUAGGUGAGAAAAGAACAACAAGGAGAGUAGUAGGUUUGUUUUUCUUUCUGUUAAUAGAGCAUCUCAUUAAGUACAAUAUAUAAAUAUAUAAACAUAUACUUCUAUUUGUGGGUACAUUAGUAAUGGUAUCUGUAGUUACUGUAAAUAUUAUUCAUACUUAAAUCUUUACUGCCACAUGCGCUAUUUACUCAUAUCUAUUUUUAACUUUGCUUAGAUGAUUAAAUGAGUUCUCCAGAUGUUUGUCAAUUCUACUUGAGGGCUACUGCCUCUUCCCUGAGCACCCCUCACAUGCAGACCAACAAAGUUAGCCCUGAGGACAAUACAUGGAAGAGGAGCUCCCCAAGGAGGAACUUUUGUUGGACCUGCUGUCUCCAAAAUGCUGGGAACAUACUUGUGUCAGAGGCCCAGACUCUACUGGGGGUGAGGGGGUGACCAGGACACAGUUUUGCAGAUGAGUUGGGGGGCAGGCCAUGCAGUCUUCAGAGACUUGGUGCUCCCUUUUGUCAUGAAUUUGCAACCACAGUGCCCACCAAUCGUGGGGAGUGUACGGUUUGCAAAGGAGCGUUAGCCCCAUGGUCAUGUCUUCCUCACAGAGUGACAGGUGCUGGUGGGUUAAGAUGAUGUGGGUAAGAUCCUAUGUUUCCUGCUGUUUCUUGGCACAGGAGCUAAUUUCAUUGAGAGAGUAGCUUUUCUUUUUAUUAGUAUUUCAGCCUCUUUAUUUUUAAGUCACUUCCUCUUGUAAAUCAUUUUCCCUUCCGGCUCUACAAGUUUAUUAUGAGGAGAAAUUAACUACUACACCAGCAUCCUUUCAGGAAAAGACUGACUUACAGUUUUGCUUCACUGCUGCAUUUUUUUGCACCUCUACCCUGUAGUUUAACACACCCUUGGACGCUCUCAAAGACAUAUGUUGAGAGUGGGUAACUUCUCACGCUUCUUUUUGUCUUUCAGCAAGUACUAUUUAAACUUACAAAGUUGGUUUCUGUUGCCUACAAGUGGUUGAAUAUUCCAUUUCUAAGAGACACCUUAAGUAUUCUGCUUUUUUCCACUUAGCCAUCUUGCACUUUUGCUUGCCUUCUUUCCUUUUCUAUUGAAGAAUAUGAUUUUUUUUCUUUCUAUGCCUGAACAGUUUCAAUUUGGUAUCUAACAAUUUUUUUUUUAAAUCAUAGAUCUAAGGUCUUUGAUGAGCUUUCUCUUUAAUAGAUAUAUAUUUAUAUAUUAACGCUCUUUUCCAAAGGUAACAUCUCAAAAAACAUCCUUUAUUUAGGCUGUUAAACCUAACUUUUUGUGAUGAUGUUGAAACUACUUUUAUUAAAUAUUCAUGGUGGGUUAUUAAAGAUGGAUAUUUGAAGGAGAAAAUAUCACCAGUGCUAGGUUCAGUACAUACCUGGAACAAAAAAAAAAACAAACCACAUUACAGGUAUUUUUUCCUUAACAGGAAUAAUUUGUAGAAAAAAAUUAAACAUUAGAAAAACAAAAAAUUUUUUAAGUACUCAGUCAUGUAUAAAUAUAUAGCUAAAAAAAAAGUACUUCAGCCAAACAGUAUUUCGAAGUCUGAUAGGUUAUCCAGAAUUACCAAAAUGGGUCAGGACUGCAGCCAUCCUACUAGAAGUUAUGAAGGAAAAGAUGUGAAAGAUAAGGAGUAAAAUAACUUCCUUAUUUGCUGAGCAAUUUACAGCAAUCUUUAGUAUUUCAAACUUCACUAAGUGAACUUUGGAACCUGAUGUGGUGCAGUGAUUUUAGUAAAAUCUAUGCUAAAAUGUUUGCUUAACAACCUACACAUUUGGACAUAAUGCAACUGUACAAAACUGGUGAAAUGCAGGACAAGCCCUGUUCCUCUCUGAAACAGGGCUGAAAGUAAUUGCUUUAUGAGUCCAGAAACCACUGGCAGCGCUGUAACAUUUUCCAGGUUCUUAGCUCUGUGGGGAAUUCAGCACCAGAUAGUAACUAUGAGAGAAACACGUCCCAGUUGUGGCUAACGUUAGUGGGACCUGAGUACAGCUGUGAGAGGUGAAUACAGGAGGGACUAGCUGCGUUUAGCUCUGGUGCAACACAUCCUGACUUACAAGCAUAUUAGAUGAAAACAGGGUUUUGUCUAGUUCAUCCUGACAGACAAUCUGAGGGUGAGCAUUAGCUCAUAUUCCCUGGAGUCAUCUCAGGGCAUGGACUCCACAGUCAGGACAGGGCACUCAGAAACUUCUGUAGCAAAAGCAUACUUUUGUGUUGCUGAAAGCAAUGAAAGGAAGAGAAUGAUUUGGCCUUCAAAAGCACACAGUGAAAUGCUUCCAAGUAUAUAGAGAUUUCAUGUGUAUUUAGAAAAUGAGUCAGGUUUGAAUGUUUGCAGCUCUGCAUAGAAGUACCCUUGGAUGUGUAAAUUUCUAAUGAAAUAAGUAAAGACAAGUGGUAUAUAGGAGUCUGAACCGAUUUCAGCUGAUUUGUACAACAGCACAGGAUUUUUACAUCAGCUCUAAAAAGUAAAAAGGCUUUGACUUUCACACUGGAUUUAUAGUUACAGCAACUGGCAGUUACCAAGUGGAGGGUGAGCUCAGCUCUUCAUUUGUUAAUGUCUUCAUAGUCAGAAAACAUAUUGCUACUAUACAAUAAUGGGUUCAACAAGGAGCAUCUUCUACGGAGAAGACUUGACAUGUUUGGAAAUCAAAAACCAUACAAGGAGAAUUCUGGCUGCCUUUAAGAAAACUAGCUUCAAGAAAUGAAUCAAUACAUUGCAGAAUAUGAAAUAUUAUAUUUAAACACAUUCAGUAAGUGUUUACUGUACUUACAUUCAGUAAGUACAGCCUGGCAUCUGUUCUUAUAGAAUUAUACGUUGUGUGCAGAAUAGGUGUAACAACACCUGUCUUAUUACAGGGAGGCUGAAGAAGUGUUUGCUUGUGAUUGCCCAAUUGCACAUCACAAAGUGAGCUUUUUCUUUUCAAUUUGCAAAUGCCUGUAUGCUGAAAAGCUGCACCUGUAGCACUUACCAUUUUAAGCUUCUCCUCCUGCUUUAAAUACUGCACUUAUUUUUAGUUAGAUGGUCAUGAAUAAUCCCUAAACAUUCUCGUGGGCCACCAAAUCGCUGCCUGCAGAUCUGCUGCAGUCCAGGAGACUGCAACAAUCAGAAGUUGCUAAUUGAGCCCUAAGUUAUGCGCUUUGCAAGGUGUGCAUAUGUGCCAUCAGUAACAAUACUUAACUCUGCCUGAAGAUUUAGCUUGCUGAAACUGGAUUUAAAGACACUGAAGUCUUCUUUCAGCCCAUUUUCUUGCCCUGCCUUCCUUCCUCUAUCAUAUAUUAAAUUUUUACCUAAAGACCACCUUUUCAAAAGAAAUUGAUUGCCAUACUGUGCCUCUCCAAUAGAAUAAAGUUAAAUCACAGUGUGUUAUUACUACUGACGAUCCUACAUAUCAGCUUCAUAUUAGCAUAAGCUUACUUAAAAGUAAGUUUAGUUUAGUUUAGUUUAAGUUUAGUAUAGUUUUAGACUAGCAUAAAUAAAGGCAGGCUUGGCCACGGAGUUUUCAGAGUCCGCAUUCUGAACUGUCAGCUGGUUUUGAAAGAGCACAGCUUGCCUAAGGUCCUCUGUCUGUAAGCAGAAUGCAAGCAUGAUGCCAUAUGAACAAGAAAUGUGCUUACAUGGAUUAAACAUUCAAAGGGGAAGGUCAAACUGCACCCCCUACUCCUUUGCAAGCAUGCCUAAUAUAUUCAAAUUUAUCAGUCUUAUCUAUAAACAACCCAGUUUUAAUCUUGCGGAUAACAAGUCACAGACAUCAGGAGCAAAAGUAGCAGUAUGACGCUUGCACAGGACCUGUUGACAGGUCUUUGCCAGCAAAAUCUAACUUCUCUUCGACAGUUCCCACAUCUGGACACCAAAUACCUUUGAGUGCUCUUAAAAAAGAAGCUGGAAUGAAAUCUUCAACAACUGAAUCCAGUGGCAAAUUUCUCAGCCACCUCAGGGGUCUGGAUUUUUUCUUUUCUAAUGAUGGGAAUGAGCAACACACACAGUUACUUGCACCUGUGUCAUGAGUUCAAGUAGUUGCAUUUUUUUUCAUAGUUUAUAACCACUGAUUGAUAGGAAUGGUAGUAACUGAAGGAGUUCUAUAGACUCUCAAUACUUUGAGCCUGUACUGAAGUAGUUUUCUAGGAUGAGAGACUGUUGUAAGCACUUGGGGGAAUAAAAAAUCCUUUUGUCUCCCAUAAGAAUUUAUGGAAGAAGGGAAAUUUCUGUAUGGUAAUAUAAACUUAUUCCUCACUGUCAGACGUGGAUUCGAAGAGGAAUCUCAUGUUUAAUCAUAACAUUUUUCAUCUGAAUAGAAACAGACUGGGAAAUAAACUCUUCUUAAUGUCAAAAAACUGUUAUCUAAAUAUCUGAAUAUAUACAAUUCCAGUUUGUUAUUUCAUUUAUUUAUUGUUUCAUCACUAAGCUUUUAACCUAUGAAAUUAAUAUGUAAUAUACAAGAGUAAAAUGUACAGAAGUACCUUUAGAUCUAAUAAUUUAAACCAGUGUUUUCAGAAAGCAAGAUAACAAGUUUAAAGAGAUACAAACAACUGCAAUUCAGUUUUAGCUGAAUUUCUCAGUAUCUAGAAAAAGAAGUGGCUUUGCUCAAUUAAACUUUAUUUUAAAGAUUGUGAAAAUAUCUCUUUUUAGAGGGUUUUUUUGUUACUCUUUCAAUUAAAGUUAUUUUGUAAAUAUUGUUUUAUACAUUAGAAAGGCUGUUCAUUUGCAUUGACAGCAGCAGAUACUUUACACCGUGACUAAAAAGGUACUUCAGGAGGACUGCAGUGGAUGUGGUCAGUUGUCAGAUUAGUCCUUCCAUAUUACUGUUGCUGUUAUUUCUGCAUUCUCACUGGUGUCAUAGGAAGAGUUUUCCAGGGCAAUUUAACCUGCUAAUUUUCACAGAACUGACUCUCAAGUAUCAUUCUAAAGUGCUUGCCAUUCUUCGUAACAUAUAAAGAAUAUGUAUUUUAAAGUUAGUGCAUGUUCUUCUUUCAUUGUUAGGAUAAGAAACAACACAAAAUUCAGAAAUAAAAGGGAAUUCAAAAGAUUAUGCCCAAAUAUAGUAUGAAGACAAGGCAAGGUAUGGUAUCUCAGUGUGCCUAGGUAGCAGUGGAAGUAAUGAAACCUCACACUGGAUGGGAUCAUAGAGCCUUUUUUAGGCAAAAGUGCCACUGGGGUCAGUGGUAGUUCAACAUGCGUAAAGUUCACUGUGAUCAUGUCCAUCAUCUGUUAAGCAGGAAUUUCUGGUAGACUUGAUUUCGGGGGAAAAUACCUGGAGUGUAACGUUGGUUUUUGUAUCAAUUUGCUUUGUGUAAACCACUGGGCAAGAGUGACAUGUUGAACUUGUAGAUGCUGCUGGGACUUCUAAGCUUUAUUAUCAAUGUAAAUUAUGUACAAACAGCUAUUUCCAUAUGAAAUGUACUAUGGUAGUUUAGAGCAAAGAUAGUCAAUAACUGUACAAAAUUUAAUACUUAGAAAACAAAAUACAGUUGUCUAAGCUUUACCAAAAUUUUAACAAUACUGUCAGAUUUGUAGUAGAAAAUGUUGUUGUAAAUGUACCUUAUAAGAAAAUACAUUUCCUUUUUUCUCUGUAUAUUAAUAGCUUUGAUUUCUAUGUCAAAGCUCAAAAUGAAGCAUGUAAUAAAAGUUUUGUUAAAAACACUUUCGUAAUAAACA